CCUUAGGUCGUUCUGAUGAGCUCGGUUCAUUUAGAAAGUUUGACAGAGAGAUGAGCGGACCGACCGUCCCUGCGGAUUUCUCGGGACACAUGUUGGACUUGGACGAGGACGACGACCUGGAGGUUUUUAGCAAGAACACCUCACUGGCAGAUGAAAGUCCCAUGCCCAACUCUCCCAGCUCCAUGGUCAACCAGUAUAGACUUGAGGAAGACGAGGAGGAGCAGCAUGAUGCCGACAUCAAAGACCUCUUCGUCACUGUUGAUAACCCAGAGAGCCAUGUCACUGCCAUUGAAACCUUCAUCACGUACAGAGUCGUGACCAAGACCACACGAAGCGAGUUUGACUCCAGUGAGUAUGAGGUUCGCCGGCGCUACCAGGAUUUCCUGUGGCUCCGAAGCAGACUGGAAGAAAACCACCCGACGCUCAUCGUCCACCCACUGCCAGAGAAGUUUGUGAUGAAAGGCAUGAUGGAACGCUUCAACACUGACUUCAUUGAGACCAGAAGGAAAGCUCUGCACCGCUUCCUCAACAAGAUAUCUGAGCAUCCCAUACUGUCCUACAGCCAGCACCUGAAGGUCUUCCUCACUGCACAGGAGUUGUUGCCCCACAGGAAACAGGGUCCAGGCUUCCUCAGCAGGAUGGGCGAGACAGUGAGAGCGGUAGCCAACUCGGUGCGAGGCCUGAAGAACCGACCAGAGGAGUUCAGUCUGAUGCAAGAGUACAUGGAGGACUUCAGUAACAAAAUCUGCUCCGUGGACAAAGUCACCCAGAGGAUCAUCAAGGAACAGAAAGAGUAUCUGGAUGAGCUGAAGCAGUAUGGCCCCACCUACACCCAGUGGGCGGAGUCAGAGGAGGAGCUGGCAGAGCCGCUGAAGGGCGUGGCCAGCUGUGUGGAGCAUUGCAGCAAGGAAACAGAAGAACAUAUCCACCAUCUGUCCGAAGUCCUUGUCCCCACCCUGCAUGAGUAUGUCCUCUGUGCUGAGACAGUGAAGGCUGUGAUGAGACGGAGAGACAACAUCCAAGCUGAGUUUGAAGCCAAGAAUGAGGCCCUGGUAUCCAGAAAAGCUGACCAAGAAGCACUGCAGGAGGAGGUGGAUGGUCUGGCGGACCGAGUGGAGCUGGCCAACAACGCCUUGAAGGGAGACUGGUCCCGUUGGCAGAACAGCAUGAGGACUGACCUCAAAUCAGCCUUUACAUUGACCACUGAGAAGAACAUCGAGUACUAUGAGAAGUGCCUGGCUGUGUGGGAGUCAUUCCUUCUGUCUCAGCGAGUCGAACCCAGUGAUCAGAGAGAUGGCGAAGACACUUCUGCUUUCAAAAUGACAUAAAGCACUCCUUCUACUGUCUGUCCACAACAUCUAAAAGAUAAACUCUGAAUGACCACUUAUGCAAACAUGCAUCGAAACAAGCACACUCUGCCUCUCUGUCUAUUUUCUUUCUGUCUGGCCAAAGAGAUUUAUCUCAUUCUCACCAUUCCAGUGAUUACAGUGGAUUACUAAAACUAAUUAAGCAGAGGUGGAAAAACCUCUGCUUGAUCAAAAUAUUCACAUCCCAGUGUUUACACGCCAUCGUGAGCACUGCCAGAAGAAGACUCGUGGCUCAGCUCCACUCUACUGUCUUGUGGUGCUGUAUUUUUCCAUAGAUACGGUAACUGUACUGUGUGUAGAUGACAAAGUGACGCUGAAAUAUUUGCCUUCAUUGUGUAUGGAAGUAAAGCUGUCUGAAAUGCCUCUUUGGAAGGUUAUUAAUACUAAGUUGUGGCGUAAUCUGAAGUUCCCGCCCCUGACCACAUGGAUCUCAAAACUAAUGACGCAUUCACGCACUUUCUUCCCACUUCACCAUUCGCUCCACUCACAGAAUAAGCACAGUAAACUAUAUUCUACUUUGUAGUGGCAACUUAGGAAGACAGCAGAAGAAGCUAGUAUGCAUGAACAACACAUCAGUUGUACACUGUAGUUUAGGAGCAGUAUGAGCGAGUUGGGUUCAAAUCAGUUAAAGCAAAUUAUGCUAGUUUUCAUUUGUUCCAGCUGGAUUUUAGCUUGUGUUUUCAUAGGCUUAAAGAUCACACCUCUGAACUGGGACACAGCUACUGAUACCAGUGUACUGCAUCAGUAAUACCAAUAUCAUCAAAGUGUGCCCAACCGCUGACCACUUUUAGCUAGGAUCACUGUCUUUUCCCCAAAUCUUGACUCUGAAACAAUCUUCAGUCAAAGUCUGCUUACUUGCUUUUUCCAUAUUAAGGUCUAGUUUAGGAAAAAGCUAGGUAAGUAGACUGAGUUAGCAAUUUUUCCAAAACCUGUUUUAUUACUGUUUUGUGGACAGUGAAAAAUAGUGUACAGCUUUAAGACUUGAUUUUAGCAAGGGGCAUGACCUUAGUUAUAAGCAGAUCUUUUUGCUGAGAUGACACUACAAGGUAUCAGCCUGGUGGUUUGACCCAUUAGACGUGGGUUGUUGCUUUCACGUUCAUUUUUACUGGUUAAACCUUCAUAACAGUCAUACAGGCAAAGGCAGAUUACAAAAUUCAAACCUUAAGUCUGUGUGCUAGAAGGGGUCUCGUCCCAAAAGUACAUCACACAUAGCGGACUCUGAAGUCCAACAUGAUGUCAGCUAUGUUUUCAGCCAAGUUACAGCAAGAGUUUUUGAUCAACAGACACAGUAGUCAUCAAAGGAAUUUAGAGUGAACCUUUGAAAAGCAGGAUAAAAGGAUAAAAUAUGAAUUAGGCAUGUUUCCAUUAACUGGUUUUCUGGUGGAAAAAAAGCUGAAGCAUAGUUUGGUCAGAAGAUGGCAGUAUAGGUUAUGUUUUGCAUGGCUGUAGUAAACAGUAGAAGAAGAAGAGAUAAAUUAAAACCAGUUGUUUGCCAACUGUCAUUAAACCUCAAGAAGAAGAAACUACUCAGCAAUGUGAAUCUUGUGAGAAUAUCCAGGAAGAUGUUAACAGUGGACACAGCUGCUUUUUUUUUUAAUCUUGGACCAGGAACAGCUAGUCAUUGUGAAUUAAAUAUUCACUAUGUUAGAACUUAUUGGAAAAAAUUGUUCCUUUCCCCCCAUUAAGUGCUUCCACUCUUUUUCUAAAAAGGCAAAACCAUUUCUAUUAACCUCUUCUAAGGGGAAACUAUUGUGUGGUUUUAUCCUCACAAGUAAAUGAUCAAACUUUGAUUUAAUAUGUCCACCUCUGACUGAAGGGAGGCUCUUGUUUCUGUUAUGUAAUUUACUGAAAAGGAAUAAGCCAAGGCAGAUUUAUGCAAAGAGUUCAGACCAAAAUUAAAUGUAUAACACUUCAUGAAAACAGAGCUUAGGAAAUGCAUCAAACAUCACGUUUAGAUAUCUACAUCCAUCUCAAGUUAAUUUUCCUUUCAGGCUUACAUGUAACAUCAGAACGGUAUGAAUAACGCACAGUACUAUUGAUCACCUGUUCAGAUUUGAGCAGAGAAGCCUUCAAUGCGAUAUGAAAUUCUCUCGAGAAUGUUUUGUUGUGUGUGCCUAAAGAGAAUUCAUGUUUACAUGUCUGAUGAAGACUAGCUACAGCCUUUGCAUUGUCUAUGUAUUAGAAUACUUAUCUUUUUAUACUCACCUAAUCAUCUUUCUCUCUUUUUUGCUUUUAUCAUUAUUGAAUGUAAAAAGUCCGACUAAAACCUAAAUUUGCUAUGUUGACAUAAUAAAGACAGAUCUAACAAUACGAA